AUCUUUGAAAGCCUUCUUAGUCAUAAGCCUUACAUGUCACCGUUGACAACAAUUUCAUCUACUGGAUCUACAACAUCAAUGCUAGAAGAAAAAUCAAUAUCUUCAAGUAGUAGCUGCAGUAGCUCUGUUUCUCAAAUCAGUGGUGAAGUUUCUCGUAAGAGAAAGCCAAGCGAUGCAAUGGAAACAAUAAUAUUAAACCAGAAACUGUCUGAAGAAGCAAAAGAUAGGAGACACAAAGAAAGAAUGGAAAUGGGAAUGAAACUAUUGGAAAAACUAAAUAAAUUGAUAUAAAUAUGAUCUCUUUGAUAUCGACAAUCUAAUUGUCUGCCAAAAUAAUAAGAUUACAAAGAGCAGGAAUAAGUGCAAGUUUUAUUUAAAGAGUGCGAAUAAGUGCAAGUUUUAUCCCAACAUUAUAAACCUCCAGUAUUCUUAUUUAUGUUAAAUGUUUAUUUAAUUUUUUAAGGUCAAAUCUCGAUCUAGUCUAAUACGGGCUUUAG